GAGAACUGUGAGAGGAAAGUGAUGUCGGCUUGAUGUGGAGGGUUUCUAAAGAGGGCAAGAGAAUUGUUUUGUUGGUUUAAAGCGUGGCACACCAAAGACUACAAAAUACAAAGCCAAAAUGCUCUGCCACGUUACUCGCCCGGACUCGGUGGUGAUGGAAGUGGAAGUUGACGGGAAGGCGAAUGGAGAAGACUGUCUUAAUAAGGUUUGCAGAAAGUUGGGCAUAAUUGAAGUGGAUUACUUCGGGCUGCAGUUUACCGGCAGCAAAGGAGAGAAUUUGUGGCUGAAUCUGAGGAACCGCAUCUGCCAGCAGAUGGAUAACGUGACACCCUGUCGGCUGAGGCUGCGAGUCAAGUUUUUUGUGGAGCCCCAUCUCAUCCUACAGGAACAGACGAGACAUCUAUUCUUCAUGCACGUGAAGGAAGACCUCCACAACGGACACCUUCGCAUGUGCUCCGAGCAGGCGGAGGAGCUAAGCGCUCUGCUGGCGCAAGCAGAGUUUGGGGACUACAACCAAAACACGGCCCAGUACUGGUAUUCAGAGCUGUGUGGAGAGGAGCCCGACACCGCCACCAACAACAGCAUCAUCUCCAGACACAAAGCUUUGGAGGGUUUAAGCCAGGCCUCAGUGGAGUACCAGGCCUUGCAGCUCAUUUCUGCUCUGGAGCAUUACGGCGUGGAGUGGCACUGGGCACGUGAUGCAAACGGUCAGCGGAUGGCUAUUGGAGUGGGGCCAGAGGGGAUCGCCAUCUGUAAGGAGGAUUUCACCUUAGUUAACAGAGUAAGCUACCCCAUCAUCCAGAUCGCCACUCAGUCGGGGAAGAGUGUCUACUUGACCGUAACGAAGGACACGAAUGACAGCGUGGUUCUUUUAUUCAAACUGAUCAGUAACCGGGCAGCGAGCGGUCUGUACCGAGCCAUCACAGAGACGCAUGCCUUCUACAGGUGUGAUACAGUUGCCAAUGCCGUGAUGAUGCAGUAUAGCAGAGACUUUAAGGGUCACUUGGCUUCCCUAUUCCUCAACGAAAACAUCAACGUGGGCAAGAAGUACGUCUUUGACAUCAGACGGACCUCCAAGGAAGUGUACGACCACGCUCGCCGUGCUCUGUACAACGCCGGCGUUGCGGACUUGGUGUCUCGCUCCGAGAGUGGAGAGCGCUCCUCUCCCUCUCACUCCCCAAGCCGGGACGACCAGCGGGACAAGGGACUGGACUGCAGCAGUUGCGAGCAGAGCCGGGCGCUGCAGGAGCGACUGCAGAAACUCAAAGAAGCUCUGCUGUGCAUGUUGUGCUGCGAGGAGGAGAUUGACGCGGCGUUCUGUCCCUGCGGUCACAUGGUGUGCUGCCAGAACUGCGCAAAUCAGCUGCAGCUGUGUCCCGUGUGCCGGUCAGAUGUGGAGCACGUGCAGCACGUCUACCUGCCCACCUGCACCAGCCUCCUCAGCCUGACGCUGAAUGACAACCACCAGCACCGCAGCAGCAUUCCCACUCCCAUCCACAGAGACACAGACUCUCCUCACAGCUGCUCCACCAAGGAGUACGAACACAAGCUCUACCAUACAUAAAGACUGUAUAAACCCACCAAAACUCCACUAUGAACACUUUAAAACCCCACCAGCAGAGUUUCACUAAGAAGAAACAUUUCAGAUGAUGCGAUACUCCACACCUUUGGAUUACUCCUAGCUUUUUCUUUUUCUUUCUUUUUUGCUGUUUCACUCUGUGAAACACCAUUUACACACCAUAGAUUUUUUUUAUGACAUUUUGGUUUUAUUAAAUUAUGGGAUCAGUUGACCUGAUGCUGAAAUAUAAUCUUUGAAUAUGUACAUUUGGUUGCUUUCUACUGCAUUUCUUUGCUCAUGGCUCCAUAAGGCAAUGAUUGUUUAGAGGAGCUAACCAUGGUGGAAUUUAUUUGUAAGUUAUAUUUUUACAUUUGAUAUUUUAAAACUCUUGUUUUACUUCAUGAAUUGAAUAGUAGGGUUCAGUAGAGCAUAUUUCAGUUUGUCUUUAUUUCUCAUGUCCUGUUUUAUUUCCCAUGCCAAUGAGAGGCGCAUUUAGAGACUAAGCAGUCCUGCUGCCAAAUAUAGCUCUGGAUACUAAUUGGAUAAAAGAGGCAGUAAGACUUGUCCUCGUACGCUUGUCCUUGCUCGCCAACACUCCCUAAACACUCCCAUUUAACUCCAAAACUGGUCUUAAUUAUAGAGUAAAACUUUAAAGCCGGUUCUUACAGAAUCUAAUGUUGGCACAAAGCAGGAACUGCUUCCUCUUACUGGCCUCUGCUAUAAAUUUCUGCUCUGGGUUUUAUUUGUUCUCUUGGACAUUUUUAAAGGGUACUAGGAGAUGUAUGUGCAAUACUUGCUUGCUUUUUGCCAAGCUUUUCAUUCUCAGUUUUUUUUUUCUUCUGUUUUUAUUUAAAUUCAAAGACUAUUUAAAACAAAAGGCUUUGCCACUUUACUAAAGUUUUGUUGUUGGGGAGGUUUGUCCCUAAUGUAGCAGCAACCUUUUAAUACAUGUAUUUCUUAAAGGAAAACUCGGUUCUUUUUAAUGCUGACAAAGUUGAGCUCAGUUAUUUGCAGGGGAAGGACUUUUUUAUUUUUUAUUUUUUUCCUUGCGUUUAGAGAUUUGUUUCUGUUUUCUGAAGCAAAUACCACGGUUCUGUGAAUUAACUCUUAAUGUGAAAGGCUUUUUACAUUAUGUUGCUGUUAACUGAAAGUAUUAAUAAAAUUCUUUUUAAAAAAAA